GCCUGUCAACGGUAGACUGUAAAUAUUCAACCGUCCACCUCAUGCGCCAUAGGAGAAAAUUGAGUCAAUACACCCAGUCUCCCAAAGACCACGAAGAGGGCUGCGUUAUUGUUUCAUACCUACAGGACGGAACAUAUCGAAGUCGACCAUGAUGUAUAAACUUGCAUUCACGGCUCUUGCCCUCCUGUCGAGCGCGGUCUCCGCUCAAUCAACUACGACGACCACACUUCUGCUCGUCGGCUUUGAUCAGCAGAGUAUCAUGGGCUCAGUCAUUGCCUCGGAUGCUACAGCGACGACCUACAGCCUCAGCUGCGGAUCCAAGGAUUCCGACGACUGUGGUGUUCCACCGUCCUUCACCUUCACCCAGGGGCCUUCGACCAUGCACUAUGCAUUCAGCUACCCUGGGGAUUCUGGGGAACCCGCAGGAUCCCUCGACGUCGCGUGCGCUAUUACAUCGAAGAGUGGGACAUGCAGUAGCACGGUGCUAGGUGGAUUGGACUCACUCAGCCCGGCAACAGUCAUGUCGACAUCCUUUACAGACGGUGGGGUAGGGCUCGGUGCCCAGGUUGUCACAAUCGUUGCGGAUGCAGGUGCUGCUGCCAGUUCUACCAGGACCGUAGCCUCGACUUCUGCGUCGACUACGGCGGCAUCUGAAGCGAGCUCGUCGGCCACAAGGAGUGGAAGCUCGGCGCCAGAGAAGACGGUCUCGAGUACCACUGGUAGCUCGGCGAGUGCUUCUAGCACCUCGAGCGUCAGUACAGCUGGUGCGGCGAUGGUCACCGGUAAAGCACAAUGGGUUGUUGGAGGGGCGGCCGCUGCGUUAGCACUUGCUGCGAUGUAGAUGGAGGUGGAAUAAUAGAUGUCUGGUUGGAUUGUGCAACAAUCGU